GGCUAAUAACGACGCCCAACUUGUUCAUUUUUUUGUAGAAAAUAUAUUAGUAAAUAAUAAUAUGUUACUUACCUACAUAAAUGUAUUACAAUUUACAAUAAACAAACAAAUAAUUUUUAAUACAGAUUAAGUACCUACCUUUGUGAUGGAGUCUGCCAGAAAUAAAUGCAUGCUCACCGUGAGUGCCAAACAAUUUUGGGAAUUGAACAUAUGUGUAAUUUGCACAAAGCCUUUGGACUCUACGUCAAAAUUGUUGAAUUGCCUUCAUGGCGUUUGUAAUCGAUGUAUUGAUUUAGGUUUGGAUAAACCAGGUCAUUUCGUAUGCGAUUGUGGAGUGGUUACUGACAUUUCAAACAGACUUAUAAAUUGUACAUUAUUUUGUGAACAGUUUGAUGAAAGUAUAUUAAGAAAUAAUCAUAUGGACAAAAAAUAUCAAAAAGAGAAAUAUGGUCAAUACAUAACGAAAGUCCCGUGUCCAAAUUGUGAUGAUAAAUACAUUGAAGCAUACUGUACUACAUGCAAUAAAUUACAUUGUGCACUGUGCCAAUUAGUGGGACAUAGAUCUCACCAUUGUAAGACAAUAGGCAGAGUGAUGGCAGAGAUCCGUUUAAAUAUAAUGAAAAAAAAUUUUGAUUUAUGUUAAUCUCAAAUUUUUCUGAUCAAGUAAAAUCAUGCUUAGCGUCAAAUAUAAAUACGCAGAACACGGAAGCGUGAAAUAAAAAAAAAUAGCAUAUUUCCU